CAGCGGAUGCGGGGAGGGCAAGAAGACGGGAUGGCGGCGGUGCUGGCGGCGGUGCUGGCGGCGGUUCUGACGGUGUGCGGGGCUCAAUGCCCGACCCCGGCCGAUCUGAAACCGGCUAACGGCACGCGGCUCUGCGCUCAGCUCUAUACCGAGGACAGCGUUUACUACGAACGAUGCUGCGCCGGCAGUUCGUUGGCGGUGCCUCCAGGUGCCGAUGUCCCCUACAUGCCCACGGGUUGGGCUGGUGAAGUCUCCUCGUUGGUGGUGGGAACGCGUUGCGAGCUGACGGUGUGGUCCAGGGCUGGGAAGGAAGGCAACAAAAAGAGUUUCUCGGCGGGUGCUUUCCCGAGGCUGCAAGAGGUGCGAAGGGGGCUCUUCCGGGACUGGAAUGAUGCCAUCAGGUCCUACUACUGCAAGUGUAACUGAGGAGGGCACGGGGCUGCUCGGGGCUGCGCCAUGCAACAUGGGUCAACAUGGACAGAACCAGUCAAACGUGGGUCAACAUCAGUCAACGUGGGGUAACAUCAGUCAACGUGGGUCAACGUGGGUCAACACGGGGCAGAACCAGUCAACGUGGGUCAACAUGCACCAACAUGGGGUAACAUCAGUCAACGUGGGUCAACAUGCACCAACAUGGGGUAACAUCAGUCAAUGUGGGUCAACAUGCACCAACAUGGGGUAACAUCAGUCAACGUGGGUCAACACGAGGCAGAACCAGUCAACGUGGGUCAACAUCAGUCAACGUGGGUCAACACGAGGCAGAACCAGUCAACGUGGGUCAACGUGGACCAACAUGGGGUGACAACAGUCAGCGUAGGUCAACAAAGGGCAGCAUUCAUCAAUGCGGGUCAACGUGCACCAGGAUGGG